UGAAGGCGGGGACCAGGCGGUGCCGCAGCUGCAGGAAUAUGCUGGAAGCCGGGCGGACGCCCGGGAGGUGCUGAAGGGACAGUUCCCGCCGCCGAACUUGUCUGGUGGAGGGAGGGCAGGUGGGGCAGCCCCCGGAGUCGGCGGGACGCGUGAGCCAUGGAGACCAUCUGGAUCUACCAAUUCCGCCUCAUCGUGAUCGGGGACUCCACCGUGGGCAAGUCGUGCCUCCUGCACCGCUUCACCCAGGGCCGCUUUCCGGGGCUACGCUCCCCUGCUUGCGACCCCACCGUCGGUGUGGACUUCUUUUCCCGCCUGCUGGAAAUCGAGCCCGGCAAGAGGAUCAAGCUGCAGCUCUGGGACACGGCAGGACAGGAGCGGUUCAGGUCAAUAACUCGAUCUUACUACCGCAAUUCGGUUGGUGGAUUUUUAGUAUUUGAUAUUACUAACCGCCGGUCUUUUGAACACGUGAAAGAUUGGCUAGAAGAAGCAAAACUGCACGUGCAGCCAUUUCGGAUAGUGUUUCUGCUGGUGGGACAUAAAUGUGAUCUAGCUUCACAACGUCAAGUCACAAGGGAAGAAGCUGAAAUACUGUCUGCAGACUGUGGUAUGAGGUAUAUAGAAACCUCAGCAAAAGAUGCCACAAAUGUUGAGGAAUCCUUCACCAUCUUGACAAGAGAGAUUUAUGAACUGAUUAAGAGGGGAGAGAUUUGUAUUCAGGAUGGUUGGGAAGGGGUUAAAAGUGGGUUUGUUCCUAACACGGUGCAUUCCUCUGAGGAAGCUGUGAAGCCCAGAAAAGAGUGCUUGUGCUGACUUCCCUCAGGCCAGAGGGCUAAGGGGAGCAGAGAAAGGGCUUUCAUUCCUGGAGAAAUGCCCAUUCUCAGCAACCUUGCACUGAAAGCACCCAGAGAAGGCUAAGCACCCGAGAACACUCCUUUGUUCAGGUGUUUGAUUCAGGGCGUUGUGCUGAUUUGUUCCACUACCAUUUGUGGUAGCUCAUGAAAUUCUCUGGCAAAACAGACAACUUUUCCUUGAAACUGGGGUAGCUGCAGAAUUACCCGUUUUCAUUUUUUAGCAACAGGCUGACCUUAAUGUCCAAAUAUGUCAGUGUUACUCACUUUCCUUGACAGGUUUGGAAUGGAUUUUUUGUGCACUUCUGUUCAGCUUGAAAAGAUUUUUAUAAGAAAAUACAGUCUCUUGAGUGAAUUUAUGAAUAUUGAAUAGUGAGGUGGACUUAAAAGUGUAUUGUUCACUUACAAAGUCAACAAAUCUCAGAGAUGUCAACUGGGACUGACAUCGUGGUUCCUUGUUUAAAGACCAUGUUUUUAGCCAUUCCCUGAAGUAUUUAUUCCUCUCUUAAUUUUGCCUAAACACAAGAAAAAUCAAUUUUAUGCUCAUUUUUGUUCUCUGAUUUCUUGCUCUUGAGAAUUUUGUUUUAUAAAAGAUAUCUAAGGAUCAAAGCAAAAUAUUUUAUCACAAAUAUUUAUAAAAAUUAAAAAGAAGGUGCACUAUCAGCAAAAAGUUUUGACUUUGUAGUGUACUAUCUUACUGAAACAAGAAAAACAAAUGUAUUUAUAUACUGACAUUUUCAGAGAGUUAAUGCAAUUUACCUUGAAUUAUUGUCUAAACUAUCAAUGUAGGGAAAAACAGAAUUUUUUUUUUUUAGUAGUAGCUUUUUGUCCAAGUAAAUUUUCAAACUUUCCCAUUUUCAAUAGUAGAAGAGAUUUUUCUGGGCAAGGGAAAUCGGUUGGAUGUUUGAUAUACUUAGCAUUCCAGUUACAUUUUCCACCUCAUCUGUAGAAGUAAAAGUAGUAUAAUGAGUUAAAGCUCUAAGAUGAUUUGUUUCCUAACUUUUAAUUCAUAGAUUGAAUUCCCCUCUUGUAAGGGACAUUGAUUAUAAUGUGAAGUAUUUUACAAUGUACUUUUCUAUUCUGUUUUGGAAACCAUUUUUUAUCACAUGACACCAAAAGCAGCUGCCUUUUUGGAAUCAAAACAUUUUUACUGUAUAACUAAGUUGCUUCAUAUCUUUGCAAAAUCGAAGUGGUAUAGUAGAGACAAUAUUUAAUGAGAAAAUCAGAAAACCACACUCCUCUUUGCAAUACCAUGAUUCACACACUGGAAAGUUAUGACAUAAACAUAUCCAGGCUUCCCUUCUCUCACCAGUACAAUUGUAUUUUAUGGAAUCAUUUUGACAAUCAAAUGAAUCACAUAAAAAGCUUUGUACAUAGGAAAAACAUUAUGCAAGUGUGAGUUUGAUACCAGCUGUUCUUGGGCAUACUAUUAUAAUUGCAAUAGAUGAGAAUUUCCUUUGUUCGUCGUUCAUCUUCUUUCCUUUUUCCUUUCAUUCUCAUAGAGAGGGAGCAAAAGGAGAUGCAUGGACCUGAGGAAGUUCUCAGUUUGAUGCAUAACCUCUGUUCCCUCACCUGGAAACAGCUGCUCCAAAGUAGAAGAGAGAGGGAGGACAUUCUCAGGAGACUGAGUUCAAGCAAAAGUCAUGUUUAUAUGUGGCUUUUGUGUACCUUUUAAGUCUUAAUGUUUAAAUACUUGCGCAUUUUGUAGGUUUCUGUAAGUAUUUUUAAUCGUGCUUCUGGAGAGGCAAAUAUAAAUUAUAAUAGCACUAUAACAUUAUUGAAUAUUUAUAUUGUCAAAAUUUUAGUUGAGUGAGUUCAAACUAUAAUUGACCAGAUAAGAAAAUACCUGUCCUCCAAAAUGUGAAGUUGCCUAUUUUUACUGCUAUAAUUUAAAUUUUAUAGAAUAAUAUUCCAUCAGUCCAAAAUGUUACAAACCUAAACACACUGAGUAGUUAAUCACUGUUUAAAAGUGUAGUCACCUAAAAAAAAAAACAAAAAA